CGCGCUCUGUCCCCGCCGUGCGCCAGUCGCGCCGUCAGAGCCGACUCCCCGCUUCCCGUGGCCGUCGCGCCUGGGAGAGGUGGCACAGGGCAGGCCCGGGCAGCCCCGACUCAGGCGCAGGUAGCGGAGACCCCAGGGCUCCCACGAUGGUGGCCACGUGCUUGCAGGUCGUGGGCUUCGUGACGAGUUUUGUGGGUUGGAUCGGCAUUAUUGUCACCACGUCCACCAACGACUGGGUGGUGACCUGUGGCUACACCAUUCCCACCUGCCGCAAGCUGGACGAACUGGGCUCCAAGGGGCUGUGGGCCGACUGCGUCAUGGCCACGGGGCUGUACCACUGCAAGCCACUGGUGGACAUCCUCAUCCUCCCGGGCUACGUACAGGCAUGCCGAGCUCUGAUGAUUGCGGCCUCAGUCCUGGGUCUGCCUGCCAUUCUCCUGCUGCUGACGGUGCUCCCAUGCAUCAGGAUGGGCCAUGAGCCUGGUGUGGCCAAGUACAGGAGGGCUCAGCUGGCCGGUGUCUUACUCAUUCUGCUGGCUCUUUGUGCCAUUGUCGCCACCAUCUGGUUCCCUGUGUGUGCCCACCGUGAGACCACCAUCGUGAGUUUUGGCUACUCGCUGUACGCGGGCUGGAUUGGUGCAGUGAUGUGCCUCGUGGGAGGCUGUGUCAUCGUCUGCUGCUCUGGAGAUGCCCAGUCAUUUGGCGAAAACCGUUUCUACUAUUCUUCGGGAUCCAGCUCCCCCACACACGCCAAGAGUGCUCACGUAUAAGAGAGCUGCUAGCCUGCCCAUGAGGUGCUGUAGGUGCUGGGUGCCUGCCCCUAGCUCUGCUUGCAUCAGAGGGGAAGCCCACGCCCCUGCCAGGCUCCAAAUUCAGUUUAGAAAACGUUCUGCCUGGUAUUUUACAGUCUUAACAUCUUUUCCUAUUCCGUUGCCUUAAGUGAAAUCCUUAGCUUUUUUGAUGCCCACGGUUUUACCCACUGUUAGCUCUUUUCUUGGGCAUUCCUUUGUUACUCACUGAAAUGCAUACACGUGUGUGUAUGUAUUUGGCUGUCUCUUUAAAUUUAAAUAUCUUGCAAACUGUUACUGUGUUGGGUGUUGGGGAGAGAAAUAAAAGACACUUUUCAAAUUGUUACAGAUGACAAAGGGAGCCUCACAGAGAUGCCUCUCUUCCCCCUCCCUCCUCUUUAGCUCCAAGGUCAUUUAAUUAUGAGGGAUAGAAAAAAACAGAAUUGAGGACUUGGGGUGAAGGAGGGGGGAGGGGUUUCAUGAAACUUCCCCGUCUUGGGCAACUUUCCCUUUUAUAAAUUGAAGCCCAAGGGUGGGUUUUUUUUUUUUUGGUGAUUUUACAUUUAUCUGUACAUACUUUUUCAAGAUUGAUCAUUUUUAUAACCACGGUUUUCCUGAGAGUCUCAAUUCAUCAGCAUGAAGGAAAUGAACCAAAUAGACUUUAAUUACAAGGUAACCAUACAAGUGAGUAUAACUUUAACUGGCAUUCUACAAAACAUUUUUGAUUUCCAGGUUUGUAUGAGUUAGUUUUUAAUCCUAGAGUUACAUUUACUUCAAUUUAACUUUCCCCCUCCAUUUUUAUUCUCUCAGCCCUCUUGAAGUGGUAUUGUUUAACAGAAAAUUGUACUGUUGAAUUUGGCUUUACGGGUGUAAACACUGAUGUUGUAUCAGUAUCUGAGACCCCAAGCUCUCCAAACGCUGAUGGUGUGAUUUGUUCUUUAAAUGAAAUCUGUGCAAUAAAAUAACAGACUGUCUGCAAAACUGGUGUUUAAUGUUCUGUUAUUUCCAACUAAAACAACCUAUAAAAUUUCAUUAAUUUCCAUUAGCAAUUUAUGAACAACCUAAUAAAUGAUUAAAAAUGUGUCAUUC